GCUGGACCAGUCAAUGUACUCAGAGCAUUAGAUUUCCACAAUACACCAGAAGGUGUGUCAAAAACAGUAGGGUUUUGCACAAACAGAAAGGCAUCCAAGGGACCAGACACAGCAUACAAAAUUCAAAAAAAUGUCCAGCUUAGUGUACCAUUAAAACAAUUAUACCCAGGGGGGGUAUUUCCAAAGGAUUUCUCAAUCCUUCUGACAGUAAAGCCCAAGAAAGGCCUGCAGUCAUUUAUCCUGUCAAUAUACAAUGCGGAUGGAACACAGCAGCUAGGAAUAGAGGUUGGCAGGUCUCCUGUCUUCCUUUAUGAAGAUCAGAAUCGACUACCCUCACCAGAAAACUACCCCAUUUUUAGCACUGUCAAUGUUGCAGACGGAAAGUGGCACCGGAUUGCAAUCAGCGUGGAAAAGAAGACGAUCACAAUGAUUGUGGACUGCAAAAAAAAGAUA